AUGACAGCAGCACUGCCCAGCCUGGCUCUGGCCCUGCUCUGCCUGCUGCAGGCAGGGGCCCAGGUCCCCGUGCAGCCAAACUUGGACACAGAGAAGUUUGCAGGGGUGUGGCAUGUCACAGCCAUCGCUUCCAACUGCUCCAUCUUCCUGAAGAUGAAGGAUGGGAUGAAGUCAUCCAUGGCCAUCAUCAGCUUCAUGCCAGAAGGAGACCUGGCCCUGAAGUUGGUCUGGCCCCUGAUGGACAAAUGUCAAAAGUUUGAGCUGCUCUUACAGCAGAGUGGGCAGGCAGGUCACUACAUGGGAGCACAAGAAAAGAGGGAUCUGCAUGUGAUGGAGACAGACUACAGCCACUAUGCUGUCCUGCAUGAGGCCCAUCACAGCGAAGCAGAGCCCAGCACAGCACUGCAGCUCCUCACAAGGGAGCAGGAUGUGAGCCCCCAGCUCCUGCAGAAGUUCAUGCAGCUCAUUUCCACCAUGGGCCUGACCAAGGACAUGCUGGCCAUCCUGCCCAAGUCAGAUCAAUGCAUUGGGGACAUCAGAGCGAAGGCAGCCUCUGGUCCCCCCUCUGCCUACCUGGCCCAGAGUCCCUCAGUGCCCAGGCAGGGUGCAGCCCUCUCGGCAGACCCUGCGUGCCCCAGCAUAGGUGAGGAGUCGGAGCACGCACCGCGGGUCACGCUGUGCCAGGGAAGGGCUGGAUUUGGACAGGAUCCCAGCAGCUGUCCCGGGGCACGUUUCAGCCGGCCAGAAGAACGGGUCACCGGGGACCUUGGCACAAGCCCCACUGUGCCCCAGGGGUUUGUUCACCCUGGGCUGACUCCUGCGCUUCGGAUCCACCCCCUUGCCCAAUCCAACCCCAAGACGUUCUCGUGGGGCUCGGCACGGCUCUAG